AUGGCUUCAUCCAUCCAAAUUCCUCAGCUCCUCAAUCACAUCAUCUUCUUCAUCCUCCUUUUCGCAAUCACAAUGCCACCAACUUACGCAAUUAAGACCACUACCGUGUCUCCCUUCAACCUCAGCUCCCCAGCAGGAACAGACAUAUGGCGCAAGCCCCCUUCUCACAACGCCUUCAACGCGCCAACAUACCCAGCACCCCUUGUCCAGAUAAAUUCUCAAGCAUUCCAAAGCGCUCGCCUAACAUUCAUCCUACCCCCUGGUGAAGAGCUCCGCCAGUACGAUCAGGCUGGUCUUCUUCUCCACCUCACUAAACCCGGCGUCCCCGCUAUUCAGGAGAAAUGGCUCAAGACCGGUAUCGAAUGGUACUAUGGUAAACCCUAUGUGUCGACUGUAGGCUGCGAUGCGUGGGCCGAUUGGAGUGUUGUGCCAUCUGAUUCCUAUUCCGGAAACACGACGAGACCGACUGUGACAUUGGAAGCGAGGCGAGAGAGGGAUCAGUUGGGCAAGAGCUUGUGGGUAUACCAGAUCAUCAAGGAUGCCGAUGGUAAGGAGAUUGAGAAGAGGCCAUUGAGAGAGGUAUGUGUGUCCUAA